AUGUACUGCAACUACUGUGAGGUGAACCAUUGCCACAAUGGAGGAACAUGUGUGACAGAUGUCGGAGAGGAUCCCUUCAUCUGCAUCUGUGCGGAUGGAUUUGGCGGAGACACCUGUAACCUUACAGAGACAGGACCCUGCAGCCCGAAUCCCUGUAAAAACGAUGGGCUGUGCGAGGUCAUUGCUCCGACCAGACGAGGAGAUGUUUUCAAUGAGUACGUCUGCAAGUGCCAGCCAAGCUUUGAGGGAGCGCACUGCCAGAUCAAUGUGAAUGACUGUGCCAAGCAGCCUUGUAAGAAUGGAGGUGUGUGCAGAGAUCUGGAUGGAGACUACACCUGCCAGUGCCCCUCACCGUACGUCGGAAAGCAGUGCCAGCAACGUUGCAUUUCUCUGCUGGGGAUGGAGGGAGGUACAAUCGUGGAGUCCCAGAUUUCUGCCUCCUCUGUGCACUACGGCAUUCUGGGACUUCAGCGCUGGGGCCCGGAGCUGGCGCGUCUAAACAACCAUGGCCUCGUCAACGCCUGGACGUCAGCCACCCAUGACAGGAAUCCCUGGAUCGAGAUUAAUAUGCAGAAGAAGAUGCGUCUGACGGGCAUCAUCACUCAGGGCGCCAGUCGCAUUGGCACUGCGGAGUACAUCAAGGCCUUCAAGGUGGCGAGCAGCUUUGAUGGGAAUAGUUUCACCACACACAGAGUAGACGGCCAACGGAGAGACAAGGUUUUUGUGGGCAACAUAGACAACGAUGGCACGAAAACAAACCUUUUCGACCCUCCAAUCGUGGCCCAGUACAUUCGCAUCAUCCCUGUGGUGUGCCGCAGGGCGUGCACGCUGCGCAUGGAGCUGGUCGGCUGUGAACUCAAUGUCUAUUCAAACACGGCAGGUUGUUCAGAGCCUCUGGGGAUGAAGUCUCGCCUCAUCUCAGACGGGCAGCUUUCGGCCACCAGCUCGUACCGCACGUGGGGCAUCGACACCUUCACGUGGCACCCUCAGUUUGCCCGACUGGACAAGCAGGGAAAGACCAACGCCUGGUCCCCUGCACACAACAAUCGCUCAGAGUGGAUCCAGGUUGAUCUGGAGAAGACGACGCGUCUCACAGGCAUCAUCACUCAGGGGGCGAAGGACUUUGGGGUGGUGCAGUUUGUGUCGGUGUUUCAAAUUGCUUACAGUAACGAUGGAGAGUCGUGGAAUACGGUGAAGGACGAGAUCACCGGCAAUGAUAAGCUUUUCCAAGGCAACAUCGACAACAACACCCACAAGAAGAAUCUAUUUGAGCCUCCGUUCUACGCCCGAUAUGUUCGAGUCGUCCCCUGGGAGUGGCACGAGCGCAUCGCUCUUCGCAUGGAGCUGCUGGGCUGCGAUGACUAGAAACUCAUCAGUAACCAUUUAUCUGUGCUCCACUCUCCACCUCCGCAGACCACAGAGGAGAUUUUGUAUUGGGUGGAGAUUGUGUUACCUGAAUAGCUUGGACUUUAACACUCAUAGCACUUUCUGACUAGUGACUUUUUUAUGUUUGUAUUAAUACAAUUGUUUUUGACAUUGCAGCUUGUAAGUGCUCGGAGAGAGUCGUCUGUUGAGUGUCUGUGGUUUUAUUAGCCUUUGACUGAAUAUGAAUGAAAAUUUGCACAGAUUUGCUCUUUGUAAUAUUCACUUCUUGUAAGAAUCCAGAUAGAUUUCAGCCUCUCUCAAGUCUGGAGACGUGAUCGCCGUGCUCUUCACCUCUUCGGUUGUGCUAAACUGACAGUUUUAAACUGUGCUACUGCCCCGCACCAGGGAAUAACCCUGUUUCUGUAACGAACAGAUUACAAACAUCCUCUCCACCAUAUUCACUCUCUAUUGUCCUGAUGCUGUUUUGUUAUUCCAGCCCAAACUAGCAUUAUAACGCAGGGUCUGUGCAAUAUAUUGUUUAUUUUGCCAUUUCAAACUAUCCAGGAAAAGACGUGUGUCCAGUAUUAGAAAAUAAAAAAAUUCAAAUUUGAACUACAGCACACAGAUGGAGUCAAUCAAUUGAUGGAACUACAACAUGUCAUGGGCUUUUGCUGUAGGUUUUUCAUGUGAUGUUUAAUUUUUUUACACAUUUUAGCAGGUUUAUCAGCUUUAGUCUUACAAAUGUGAAAUACGUAGUAAAAUGUCUGAAAUAAGCUUAAUUUUGCAUUAUUAUUUUUCAGUUCGCCAUUGUUCUUGAACUAAGAUUGUUUAUUAAACAUUUCAUGAGAAAGAAAGAAAAUGUCACAAAAGAUAUCUCUAAAGAUGUGAACGUAGCUUGUUGUAUAAUCUGUUAAUCAGAUACCAGGAAUUAGAGAUACCAGCUGAAAGGACAGAAGAACACAGUGGAGACACUAAUAUCCAACACACCAGAUGAAAUGGUCGUCUUACCUGAGAGUCCAACAGAUAGUCAGAUCAUGUCAGACAGUACAAAUACACAGUCUGACUGUGAGAUGACAGAGACAGAGAAGAAAAUCGGGACAUAUGUCGACUCGGUGUUCGUGGAUGUCUUAAGAAAGUGUGAAACACGAAGGUAAUAGUAGCAGCUAUAUACUGAUUGCUAGCUGUCGACAAAAUAUUACUUUAAUUCUGCUGCAGUGAUCAAGUGUUUUUGUUUUCAGCACAUCGACACCAGCGUUGGCCCUGAUGAUGAAAAGCUCUCUCAACAGCUUUAUUUGUGUCUUCAACAUGUAUGGCAAUGCUUUUUCAUCCUGAGAUGUUUGUAUUCUUUUUGAUAACCUGUACUUUCACAGAAAAUCUGUCACUAGGUUUUCUCCAGGUGUUUUCCUAUAUUUUCUAAUAAAAAAAUCUCAAAAGGUC